CGCGCGUCGCGUGUCGCAAAUCGCACUGGUCUGCCAGAGUCAUUAGUCCUCUAAUCGACACAAAUAACGAAUCAACACGGGCCAACAGAACCGGUAGACUGCAGCAAACACGGGACACGGGGAAUUUAAAGAGAAUUUAAAGAUAAUAAGAAACAUGUCAGAUUGUGAAAACUACGAAUAUUUAGACGAAGCAGGAGAAUUUGAUACAGAAAAUAUUGAUCCCGAUAAUGAUUCUUUAACAAUUAACUCACAAGUGUUCGAAGAAAUAUUAAUAUUAGAAGUGCAAGAGAGGCCGUGUUUAUGGGAUUAUAAAUUAGAUAUAAACAUGAGAGGAAUGAGUACAAUACGAAAAGCAUGGGAAGAAGUCGAUGCAGAUUCAAAAAUUUGCCAAAAAAUGGAAAAAUUUACGUGAUACAUUUUUGAGGAAAUAUAAAGAUGGGAGAAGUUAUAUUGCAAGUGGUAGGGCAGCCACAAAAAAAAUAACGAAUUGGAAAUAUUAUGAACAAAUGCAAUUUUUAAAACCGACCACAAAACACAGAAGAACAUUCAGCAAUAUACAAAUAAUUACAGAUUUAAAUAAAUCUGAAUUUCAUUCAAAAUCAAAUGCAGACAAAAGCUACAUAGAAGAGGCAUAGAAAGCAGAUCAUUUCUUCAAUAAAGUGAUUGCCAUCACUUUGUUUAUUACGUUUUUGAUUAAUAGGUCAAACCCACCAUCGAAGUUUUCGUUCAUUUAUAUUAGUUCUCUUUAAUCUAAUCCACCAAAUAACUAUAAAUAAUUUCAUAUUUGUAUCAAUUUCUUUACCUUUUUUUUUGUAAAAGAUAUAAUAAAAGUAAAA